CAUCUACACUAGUGUUUGUAUAACUAACUACUCAAGCGUAUAUACGUACCUAACCCGUAAACAUACACCAUGUUCACUCCCGCAGUCCUCAUCACCUUGGCAGCUGCCGUAUGCGGUCUCUCCGUGAACGAGCCAGCCGCCACUCCCAAGCUGCACAAAGUCGAGCUUAUCAAGAACGCACCUUCCAUGCUACAAUACCUCGAGAGUGGAGCGUCUAACGAGCACAUGUGGAUGGCACCGGAGACCAACAAAUAUGACCCUGAUGCCCCUCACAUCUAUCUUAAGGACUAUCUCAAUGCGCAGUACUUCGGUGUGGUGUCCAUUGGUACGCCUGCUCAGUCAUUCAAGGUCAUUUUUGACACUGGAUCGUCCAAUCUGUGGAUUCCUUCCAAGAAGUGCUCGUGGACCAAUAUCGCGUGUCUGCUACACAGCAAGUACGACUCCACUAAGUCCAGCACCUACACGAAAGACGGUACACCCUUUGCCAUCCAGUAUGGUACAGGUUCACUCGACGGGUUUGUGUCUACGGAUGAUGUGUCCAUUGGCGAGUUCAAUAUCAAGGGACAGUCCUUUGCUGAGGCCAUUAACGAGCCCGGACUAACCUUUGUGGCUGCCAAGUUCGAUGGUAUCCUGGGUAUGGGCUUCAACAACAUCGCCGUGGACCACCUGACACCUGUCUUCGAUAACAUGGUUGCCCAAAAAUUGGUGCAGGAGCCUGUCUUUGCGUUCUGGAUGAAUCGCAACAUCGAUCCCUCCAAGGGACAACAGGUUGGUGGCGAGAUCACAUUCGGUGGGGUAGACUCUUCCCGCUACACCGGAGACUUUCACAAAGUACCUCUCUCUAAAAAGGGCUACUGGCAGUUCAGCAUGGAGGGCUUUGAGUCUCAGGGCCAAGAGUUCUGCAAGGACGGAUGCGAGGCCAUUGCGGAUACCGGAACUUCUCUCAUUGCCGGACCUCCAGAGGUUGUCAACUCCAUUAACACUAUGCUAGGAGCAACCCCCAUGGGGCCAGUGGCCACACUCGACUGUGACAAGCUCGAGGGACUGCCCGAGGUCUCCUUCACCAUCGCUGGCAAGAAAUUCACACUUGGCCCUGAAGACUACGUGGUGAAGAUGUCUGCCAUGGGACAGACGACUUGUCUCAGUGGUUUCUCUGGCCUAGCCACACCCAACAGCCUGUGGAUUCUGGGAGAUAUCUUCAUCGGCAAAUAUUACACCGUCUUCGACCAAGGCCGCAGCGAGGUCCGUUUCGCCGAAAGUGUACAGUAAUAAUCAUCUACUAUACGUCACCCCAGCUGGCGCAAACUCUGUCGUAAAUAUCGAGGCAUGUCGCAAAUGCGGGCUGACUAUCAGGAUGUGGUUAUAUAUUGUUUUUGUUGUUGUAAAACGCUACUGGAGACAGAAGCUACUACGCGUUCACCGCGCUUGAUGCUGCGACUUGCGAGCGUCCUCAAACCAAGAGAGGAAAAUAUGAAUAAAGGAAUAUGAACCAUGAUGAGUUUGGAUGUCUCCGGAAGUCAGGACCAGUUUGUUCAACCGCAUUACUAUAAAUCUAUUC